AAAUUUUUUGUGUAGAGUAACUAUGGCAGAGAGUACCUCAAUAGUCAAAGAUAACCAUAUCAAAGGGGAAGUAUGGGCAAAACCACUUGAUGAAGAAACGAAGCAGUGUUUACAGUCGUUACGUUCCAAGGUCAAUUCCAUUCUUGUUGAUGGCUCUUCCAAGGAUGUAGAGUGGUGCGACGAUGCCUGUCUUUUGAGAUAUUUGCGUGCUAGAAAUAAUCAAGUCGACAAAGCACUAGAACUGGUUAGGAGGACAUUGGAAUGGCGAAAGAACUUUGAAGUUGAAGAAUUGAUGAACAAAGUGCCUCCUCAAGUGAAGGAAGAAGGCUCAAGUCAAAAGUUGUAUGUUGGAGGUAAAGACAAGUAUGGUCGCCCCAUCAUUUAUAUGAAACCAAAGUAUCAGAAUACCAAGGAAAGCAUUCAUCAGUUACAACAUCUGGUUUAUACUUUAGAGAAAGCUAUUCGAAGAAUGCAGAACGGAGUAGAAAAACUGAUUCUAUUUAUUGAUUUUGAGGGUUAUUCUAUGCGGAAUACUCCAAGUAUCAAAAUGAUGCGGGAAACUUUGACUGUUUUACAAGACUAUUAUCCAGAGAGAUUAGGCUUGGCUAUUUGUCUCAAUGCACCAACUCUAUUUUAUACAUUUUACAAGAUUAUCAAACCAUUUAUUGACAAAAACACAGUCCAGAAAAUCUACUUUUUUAAAGUUAACAACACAAAAAAGAGUAAAGAAUGGAUGGAGUUUGCCCAACAAGUAUUUGACUUGGAUGAGUUAGAAGUGGAUUAUGGAGGAAGAAAUGAUAAAGAAUACGAUCCAGAAGAAUACUUUUCAAGUUGAUUCGUCGCUCAUUUCCAGCCCACUCCUUCAUCUAUUUC